CUGCUCAGGUUACAUGUCCUCUUGGACUGUGUCACACCUCUGCAUCUGCUGCUGCUAUGUAUAGAGAGUGUUCUCAGAGCUUUGCCAACAAAUAGAGAGGAGAAUACUCCCUUUGGUAGUCCAACAAGAGGUGCAUGUAGUUCUGUUUUAAAACGGAUUGAUCUUCUCUUUAUGGAAUGGCCAGUAUGGAAAAGACGGACUGAAGCAGAAAAAUGAUGGAGCCAAACACUUGUCCAUGGUCCGGACAGUGUGAGAUAGGAAGUAGGGUGAGGGUCAAUGUCAAUGGCAGUAUUUUCAGUGUGGACAAAACCAUCAUGGCUGAAAACUGUGAGUACUUCAGAGCAUUGUUCCAGUCUGGGAUGAGAGAAUGCCAGCAGGAGGAGGUGCGGUUGCAAAGUGUUGGGGUUCAGGGGUUUCUAGUCCUGCUGCGGGUGCUGCAAGGGGAGCGUCCCAUGCUCGACGGUGACCAGAUUGUGGAAGCUAUUGAAUGCACUGCUUUUCUUCAGGUACCGGCUCUCACGAAGCACAUGAUUAACAUUCUCAAUUCUGAAAACUGCUUGCUCAUGUAUCACACAGCUGCAACCUACGGAGUGUGUGAGCUGUACCACCACUCAGCCUUGUUCAUCAGAGACAUGUACACUGACCUGAAAGAGGAUGUGCACACCUUACCCAGCAAGAUGAUAGAAUAUAUCAAGUCUCUUCCCCCGAGUAGCUACAUGGCAGUGUGCAGCCACUCUCCAUCCUCAGAACUGCUGCAGGAUGCCCAGAGGGCAGUCUGCUAUUUGGACGAGGAACAAAGAAAAUGGAGAGCCCUGACUCAGUUACCUCUCAGCACCAGUACCACUAUGGCCGGGGUGGCCGUGCUGGACAACAAACUAUACAUCAUUGGAGGAGUGCACGAUGUUAGUAAGAGGGUUGUGGAGGCAGGAUUCUGUUAUAACCCAGCAGAUAACAUAUGGUCAACAAUCGGUGGUCCCCAGCAGCUGCGCUACAGCUUCACACUGAUAGGUCACGAGGGCUGCCUUUAUGCAUUAGGAGGGAAAUUCAACAUGAAGGACCUGUCAUCGGUCGAGAGACUCAGGCUGUCAGAGGGGAGCUGGGGUUACGUCUCCGCCCUCCCCUGCCCAGCAGCUUCUGUGGUGUCUGCUGUAGCCAUGAACAGGAUCUUUAUCUGUCUCUGGAAAGGAAACGGUGCCACAGACAUACACGAGUAUGUCCCUGAAUAUGACCGAUGGCUUUUGGUUACAACACUCAUCCGCCACCAGAGUUACGGACUUUAUAUGGUGGCUCAUAGGGAUAAUCUGUACGUGAUGCGCAAUGGACCAUGUGAUGACUUCUUACUAUGUGUGAUGGACUGCUACAACCUGACGACAGCUCAGUGGACGGCCAUGUCUGGUCACUAUGGGAACACCAAAGGCUCUCUGCUCACAGCUGUGGUCAGAGGGGAUUCUGUGUUCACCCUUAGCAGACAUGUGACAACAGAGUACAGGGUGGAGGAGACUCAGUGGAAACGAAAGUGUGAGAUGGAAGGUUUUGGCAGAAUUGGAUCCAUAUACACAUUUCAGAUGAGGCUUCCUAAACCCACCGUCUCUUUCAUGAAUGAUCGCUUGGAUCAAACUUCAGAAGAAAGCUUUAAAGGCAUGCGUAUUCUUCCCAAUUUACCUUUACAGUGCUCUGAUAACCUUUAAAGGAAGUUGCUUGUUUUGAGAACUAAUAAGCAGUCAGUAUCUUACCCGCAGGAGUUAAUUGUUGGACUGAUUUCUUGGAUGAAAACUGAUUAGGCUCGAACUACUGGCUUGUCAGAGCAGGGUUUGUGCCAAAGUGUAUUUCUGUAAUGAUGUAAUAAAGCAUUGCUACACUUCCA